AUGAAAAACAACCCUGACUUAGAGAAAGACUAUAUAUUUAAUAGUUUAGUCAAAAGAGACAAACAAGAAAGAAUGCCAGGCUUCAAACUUAAGAAAGGUGACAAAGUAAAAAUAGAAAUACCUAAACGCGACCCAUAUGAAAAUACUAUUGACUAUGACAACAAUGGGAACUCGACAGGUACUCGCAUUCGUGUUCGUAAAAAUAGAAGAAAGUAUACAAGAGAAUAUUAUGAAGUUUUAGGCAAACAUGGCAAAAUGUACAGACUGCAAGCAGAAGAUAAAACUACUAUUGUCAGACCUCGUUUCAAACUUGUUAAAGUUCAAGGUGGUAUACUUUCAAAGACAGUUCCUAACAAAUAUAAGACAACUCCUGACGAAUAUGCUAAAGAAGUUGAAAAUGACGACUAA